GCAUUCAUUCUGAUUCUUUCUUCACUGCCAAAACCACACCUUGUUCAACGUAGCAUAAUAUUUUCGCGUCUCAAGUUUUAUAUCAUUUUUUAAUAAAAUAAAAUACAAAAUGUCCUCCCAAUACUUUUUUCUCUUUAUGGCCGUAACUUUCUCCAUCAUCGCCACAACGACCGCCUGGAGAUCCACUGAAUUAAAACAAUCUGAUCCGUAUGGAAAACCUUGUGUGAACGGGACAGUUCCAGAAGGUUCAAAACUGGUGAAUUGUGACCGUGAAACCAAGUCUUUGGUUUGCUCGUCGACGGGAAAGUGUGAAUGUGCUGCUUCGGAUAAAAAGACGAUGUAUGAUCCAGGAAUGCGGAGCUGUUUCUUAGUCCCGUAUGAAGAGGAUGAUUUCCGAUGCACGACGGAUUAUCAGUGUUACGUCAGUUCGUAUGGAAAGUGGUCCAGAUGCUCUUUGGAACAAGGCAAAUGCGAAUGUUUCGCAGAAGGUGCAACAACCGAGCUGAAAUACAACGUUUGUUACACUUUGAAGAAAUCCUCCUCCAUCAUGGAAUACCCAUCCUGCCAAAACAAUGCGGAAUGUUAUGCGAGUAACUUAGGCAACCUGACGAGGUGUAAUAUGGCCAAUUUGUUUUGUGAAUGCUACGAUACCCUGACGAACGGGAAGAAUGAGGUCGGUUAUCAUGCCGGGCGUUGCGUGUACUCCAGAAGGUUGGGAGAUUUUUGUGAGUCGGACGCUGAAUGCCGUGUAGUCCAUGGUGGCGCUUAUUGUGGUGAACACACGAGCUACUUGCAGAAAGAGAAAACCUGUCAAUGUCCCGACGGAAAUCUGAACAAAUGUGACAGCGGGACAGGUGGUGGGAGUGGUUUUAAGGCUGCCGAAAGAAUCUGGGUCGUUGCCCUGACAACCAUCGUUCUCGGUGUCACCGCAACACGAGUUGUCGGGUGAUUAUUUUAAGUAACCCUCGUCCCCCACCCACCCCCACAUUUCUCUCUCAACAAAAUCCCCACCAAAUUUCAAAACACCCAAAGUCAACCCCAAAAAAAUUAUAAAACACUUUAAAACAUAGUAAACAAUAAACUUAAACUUAAACAAGA